AUGGCUACUGAUGCUUUACCUCUUAGUCCCAUAAGGCAAAUGUCUUUGGAGAGACAGGACGACAGUCAGGGAGAAGACAGAAUCAGCAACUUACCUGAGGAUGUUCUUGUUCACAGUCUUUCCUUCCUUCCAACCAAAGAAGCUAUAAGGACUUCGGUUUUGUCUACAAGAUGGCAAAACUUGUGGAUGUCUCUCCCGAACCUUACUUUUACUGAUCUCUCGUAUUUACACAGAAACCAGGAUCGUGUUCCAGAAGUAAGGGCUAGUUUCAUGAAGCUGGUAGAUAGAUCAAUCCACCAUCGUAAAGCCUGUAUAAGGAAACUCUCUCUUUCCUUGCAAAAGGAAGUUGAUGUAUUCCGCUUAAACUCAUGGCUAUGUGCUGCAAUAAGGCAUAAAACUCAAAACCUUGAUCUUUUCUUAAUUGAACAAGAAUAUGUUAUCUUGCCCCAUUGUCUCUUUACUGCAGAAUCAUUGAUUAGCUUGGUGUUGAGGAUGGAAUGCACUCUGAGAGCCCCUACUCCUGUCUGUUUUUCAAGCCUUAAGUUCUUGGAACUUUCACAUGUCAAAUUUAAGGAUGUGCAGACCUGCCAAGAGCUGUUUUCAGGUUGUCUAGUCCUAGAAGAGCUGGUUUUAAAAGAGUGUAAUUGGAAGAAUAUAUCGGAUAUCAACAUUGAUAUUCCUCCUCUGAAGAAAUUCUCUCUUUCCAAUUAUACAUCUCAGCAGGUAAAACGUGUAAACUGUAAAAUCAAAAUUAACACAGCAAAUCUGAGCCAUCUAUCAUGCCAAAAUUUUCUCCGAGUUCAACUUGUUCCAUACAACCCAUUGCCAGCUCUGGAGAGUGCUCAGGUAGAUAUUUUUGGGGUUACUAAUCGAGGAGAGGAUGGUCGACGUGCAGUGCAACUACUUGCUGGACUCAAGAAUGCUAAUUCCCUCUAUGUGACAAAUGAUUCGCUUCUGGUUCUUAAUUGUGCGGAAAAUCCUGAAGCAGAUCUUCCUACAUUUCACUAUUUGACUCAAUUGUAUGUUAGACCGACUUGUUGCCUUCCUGAUGUUGGUACUGUGGGAGCAGUGAUGUAUCUGCUUCAAAAAGCACCCAACCUUGAAUUUCUUAGCAUUGCCUCGGAAUUUCAAGGACAAGAUCUAGAUUGGUUUUUCCAAACUCUUCCUUGUUUCACCUCUCGCCUAAAAUCCUUUUCCAUCAUGUAUUUUGAGGGCACUGCCGCUAGUAUACAAUUGUUGAAGUAUUUGUGUCAGCAUGCACCUGUUUUGAAGAAGAUAUAUUUGUUUUCCUCAUAUGAAUUGACAGAAGAGAUCAAGGAUCAAGUGCUACAAGUCCUUGGAGACUCGAAAAGAGUUAAAAUUCGGUUCUAUAGCUGA